AUGGGUGGAGAAGAGAAAAAAGUGUUGGCCUUACAAAAGAAGAAGAAGAGAAAAAAUAACAAGAAGAAGGUUCCAGCAAAGCCUAAGUUGCCCAUUCAGCCCUCAGGACAAGACAAGGCGAAUGACUCAAAAGAUUUAAACAAAUCUAUCGACUAUGAACUGGGCUCACCAAUUGAUUUCCAUGAAGAAAUUGAUUUGUUUUUAUUCUUAGUUAUGUUCGUAGCUCUUCUUUGCAAAUGGUUUGCAUCAGGUCGAGAGGCCAACCCCGUACUAUCCAGACCUUUUGCAAAUCGUACAUCGCAUUCUGUUGAAUCGAAGCAAGGUGACGAUUGUGAGCCGCUAUCGAACUCAACUAACGUUACACCAAGCGACACUGAGUCUCCAGAGCCCAGCAGCAACUUGCUGAAUUCCCCAGAGGAUACUUCUCCUUCUACAGUGUCAUCUUACUAUUCAACUAAAUCUCUGUCUAAUUCUAACUUGAAAGAUAUUCCCGCCUCGGAAGAAGAUGCACAGAAGGAAGUUGACCACUCAGAUGGAAAAUUAUCAGAAAAUGCAGUACGAGAGUGCGAAGCCCUACGUCAGAUGCUCUUCGAAGAGUUUGAAAAAGACUCAAUCAUACGCAGAGAUUUAUCUUCUCAAAAAAAUGAUGGGCAAGUACUUAAUAAAGUCGAAGAAGCCGCUUCAGUAGAACAUGUGAUGAACUCAACAUCUCUCCAAUUCGCAACAACUUCAUUCUCUGUGUGCAUCAGUCCUGUAGUUCAAGAAAACAGCGCAAGUUCUGCGAAGGUUUCUCAAUACUCUGACUGUGAAGCUUUCUCGUCAAGUGUGAGCCAAGAGUGGCCUAGUAGCAAACUAGUUAGUGAUGAUAGUGAUAUGGAAGAUGAAGAUUCAUCUGAGAGUGAUUUAUCUUUUGCUGAUUGCACGACAAACAAUAAUGUAGAUGUUGAAAACACAACACCCGAAGAACAGGUCCCAAAUGUCGCUUUCAAAAAGUCUAAAACGCAGACUUUCUCCAAUAAUGCUGAAGCUCGCCCACAACAACAACAGUUCGCUCAUUCUUACCCUGAGUUUGAACUUCCUGGAGAUGUAGAAUGUCGUGCGUCAGAUUGUAGUGAUUCCGCUGGUCAUCGGAGUCAAGCAAGUGAAGAGGAGCCUGAUCAAGAAGUUCUUGGGUCUGAUGACGAAGAACAAGAAGAUCCACGUGACUAUAGGAAAGGAGGCUACCAUCCCGUAUUAAUUGGAGAUGUGUUCAAUAAUAAAUAUCAUGUUAUUAGAAAGCUUGGAUGGGGACAUUUCUCCACUGUUUGGCUAUGCUGGGACACAGCUAACAAGCGAUUUGUAGCAAUGAAGAUAGUUAAAUCAGCGGAACAUUAUACGGAAGCUGCCAUUGAUGAGAUUAGACUUUUACGUUCUGUUCGUGACGAAGAUCCUGCUGAUAGUGGUCGAGAGAAAGUUGUUCAACUUCUUGACGAGUUCACUGUGAGCGGUGUGAAUGGCGAUCAUGUGUGCAUGGUGUUCGAGGUUCUUGGAUGUAACCUUCUGAAACUCAUUAUCCGUUCCAAUUAUGAUGGCUUACACAUUGAGCAUGUCAGAACAAUCACUAGACAAAUAUUAGAGGGCUUGAGAUAUAUGCAUGAGAAAUGCCAUAUUAUCCAUACUGACAUUAAACCUGAAAAUGUGCUUGUAACUAUGUCUCAUGAUGAAGUUAAAGCCAUGGCCCAACACGCAGUAGUUGCCACCAAAAUGAAUCUCAAACUUAGCGGAUCUGCUGUCAGUACUGCCCCUCUUCAUGUUCAGAAGAAGAAACAAGAGAACUUGACUAAGAACAAGAAAAAGAAGUUGAAAAGGAAGGCUAAGAAACAGAGAGAACUUCUUGAGAGCCAAUUGGCUCAAAUGGAAGGACUUACUGUUGAUGCCAAUGCUAUAACCGAAGUUCUCAACAGUGCUCCUAAUUCUGCGCGAGGGAUGAGACCACCGGCUCCGUUCCUUUUACGAAAUGCUGCGUCAGGGCAAAAUGCUGCUCUUCCUCGGCUUUUAACGCAAUCAGAAGCCGUGCAAAAUCAAUCAUUUUGCAAUCAAACUUAUUACUCGGAUUCUGAACCCACGGGUUCUUUGGGUACAAAGGUUCAGGAAAUUAGUGAUGCUGAGGAUGGUGAGAUCAAUGGGAUUGAUAUUAAAAGCCCAGCUCCCAUUGAAAGAACAAGCUUGAGCCCUCCUCAUAACGACCGUGAAAACCUACCUGAUCUUGAUAACAAUGGAUUUAACUUGAAUGAGCCACCCACUUCUCCUACCCUACCCUUCUCUUUUGGAGGAUCCUUCGUUCCUGGUCCUCCUGUAGGUCCAGAUCUUAAUGAUCCUUUCGCGAAUAUCGAAGUAAAAAUUGCUGAUCUUGGAAAUGCGUGUUGGGUUCAUCAUCACUUUACCGAAGAUAUACAAACCCGUCAAUAUCGAUCUCUAGAAGUUUUAAUUGGUGCUGGCUAUGGUCCUCCAGCUGAUAUUUGGAGUACCGCAUGCAUGGUUUUUGAAUUAGCUACAGGCGACUAUCUGUUUGAGCCCCAUCAGGGCGAUAAUUAUUCCCGCGAUGAAGACCAUUUAGCUCAUAUUCACGAAUUGCUAGGAAGCAUUCCACCUUCUGUUUACAAAAAGGGUGGACGUUGGAGAGAGUUUUUCAGCAAGCAAGGAAAGCUCCUUCACAUCCAGAACUUGAAGCCAUGGCCGUUAAUUGAUGUUUUACGUCAGAAAUAUGAAUGGCCUUUUGAGCAGGCUCGGCAAUUUGCCUCCUUCCUUGUACCAAUGCUUGCUUUCGAUCAGGAUGAAAGAGCGACGGCUGCUGCAUGCUUGCAACAUGACUUUUUGAAGCCUUUUGGCGGCAAAGCACCUCCACCAAAUUGCCCCUCUGAGGUGUUGGAAAGGUUGUACCCGACAGGAAGCCAAUGGGCAGAUAGCCCAGAAGAAAAGGCCGAUGCCGAACAGGAAAACAGCCCUCAUCCCUUAAACUUAGACUUCGGGCCAUCAACAUCGAAGGAUGAUUUUGUCAAAAAAGAAACUAUACAAUUGAAAAUCUCUAACGAGCUUAUGCAAGUGUUGCUCAUUGUCCUGAAAUAA